AUGAGCUGGAACCUGCUCGAACGUUUCAUCGAGUCUGAGCACUUCAACAGAGACCCAUCGCUCACGGUUGCAUACCUUGCUCGGUACUCGGAGCAUGUUGGUAUACACUAUGUCCUCUGUUCGAAGUUGCGAGGCUUUAGCUAUGAGGAGAUUGAGUUCUUCCUCUCCCAGCUAUGCCACCUCGUCAUUUCGAUCGACAAUGAGUCGAUGGCACUGGAGGAGUUCCUCGUAGACUUGUGCGAAGAGUCCGUCAACGGAGCCUUGCUUACGUUCUGGCUAUUCCAAACGUAUCUACAUGAUCUAUCCGGCUCCCCGACCUCGAAUGCCUUCCAAACUUGUCGCAGGAUAUACAACAAGGUCCAAAGAAUAGUGUUCGGAGGCGGAGAGCCUUUGCGAAGAGAGAGGAUCAAGGAGAAUGUACUGCCGGUCACGGUGCUGUCAAGCCUGGUGCUCGCAGGCAUUGGUCUGCCUCUACUACCUCAGAUCGCAGGACCACUGGCAAUUGCUCAAGCCAGGAAACCGCGCCCUGUGGAGGACGAACUUGCCGAUGCUGUCUCGACUACACCUAAGCUUGCGCGCAGCGCGACGGUAACGGGAAGCACGAGCAACGGCAGGAGAGCUAGGCAAGAGAUGGGUGAUACGAAGGAUACUCAGCGGCGACGGACACGCAGACCUGUGGAAAUAGAAGUCAAAGGCAGCAGCCUAUCGUCUCCGGCAUCUCCGGUCCCGGGAUCACCACUGGUCGAUGGCCGAAAGCUUGCCGCCCAUCGCCGUUCUUUGGCUGUCACUAGGAAUCAAGAGGGAUUCAGCAGUACUUCUUCCCUUCCAGAUCAGCGGCAGCGUCAACGGAAGCCAAGCAUUCCGUCGUUAAGCUUGCCAACCUCGCCAGGCGUKCCACGGAGAGUCGCAGGAGAGGUAGCACGAAGACACUCUCAGUACGUGACUCCGAUGAAUCCAACGUCCAUGUCGCGAAAUCAUAAGGUCCGAUUACUGCGGCAGCACUACUUCCGAAGCGAGUCCCAGUUCCUCACGGCUCUAGAAGGAAUUUCUACACGGUUGGUGGUGGUUCCAAAAGCUGCGCGUCUGAGUGCAUUGCGAGCGGAGCUUGGUCURAUAGCCCAAGACCUACCUGCCGAAGUCGAUGUACCUUUAAUCUGCCCCGCAACACUGAUAGACGGUUCUGCCAGCAGAAGCAGGCAUCACCGGAUCGUGAGACUCAAUCCCGCAGAGGCGACCAGCCUCAACAGUGCAGAGAAAGUGCCGUUCCUUUUGAUGCUAGAAGUUUUGCGGGAGGAUUUUGAUUUUGACCCCGACAGUGAACAAAAUCAAGAGUUGCUUAGCAGGGUGCUAGCUGAGAAUGGAAAGCCAAAGCGAAGACUGUUUGACACCACAGACGCCGCGAGGGACGCCGCCAUUAGAUCGCCACAAGGAGAGUACAAGAGCGAUAGCGUGCUGGAGCCAACCAGCGGAGACCUCUCUAGCGGUUUACUGCUCCAAGACCUCGAGAGUGGUACGAAGAAGGCUCCUGACAGUCCAAGCCUUCGUUCUGUUUCUCAGACCUUGAAGGAAACUCCACGCCUGUCAAGCGGAGUAAGCACAAUCUCAACUGCCGCCAGCCUGCCCACCCCUCGCGAUUCGGAAGGGCAUGUUGGAGCUGGAAGCAUUAGCGAGCGACCCUCUCCGUACCUGAGAGCACAGGCUGGCAGCCAGGCGGAUGUUUCAGCUCUCGCAGAUCACAUGCGGACAGCUUCACAGAUGCUCGCGCAACUCGAGUUAAGCGCGGCAAAGCGCCCCAAAGCCGAAGUCGCUGCAAUUCGAACAAAGAUUAUUGCCAGCAUGCAGUCUUUGGAGGAACAGAGCUUCCUCUCAGACGAGGCUGUACAAGGAACCAGUUUUGACACUAUAAUGGCAAAGUCGGGAACUGGUCCGACAGACCCAGAAGAUCUGGCAGACAGCUUCGWCGGAGUUACAGAACCUGGCUUGAAUACUGGCAAGGGCGCUGCUCGCAUGGAAAACGACGCUGUGACCGGAGGCAUCCGACGAAAAGGCGACCGCGACGAUCCAUCAGCGGCAAUGUUUGGAGAGGCUUGGGAGCAGAAGAAGGAGCGGAUUCGACGCUCCUCGCCUUAUGGAUGGGCCAAGAGCUGGGACCUCAUCUCAGUCAUUGUCAAAACCGGAGACGAUCUACGUCAGGAAGCAUUUGCGUGUCAACUCAUCGCUGUGUGCUCGAAGAUCUUUGCUGAGCACGGUGUUGACGUGUGGAUGAAGAACAUGCGGAUUCUGGUCACUGGCGAGACGUCAGGACUCAUCGAGACAAUCACUGAUGCAGUGUCCCUGCACUCGCUGAAGCGAUCGCUGACUCUGGCGUCAAUCGCUACCGGAACGAAUCCGAAAAAGCGCAUCGCAACUUUGUAUGAUCACUACACCAAGACUUUCGGCGCCACGGACUCACCGGCCUUUGCGAAAGCCAUAGAUUGUUUCGUUCGCAGUCUUGCCGCAUACAGCAUCUUCAGCUAUGUUCUACAGCUCAAAGACCGCCACAACGGCAACAUCUUGAUCGAUUCCGAUGGACACGUUGUUCACAUUGACUUUGGGUUCAUGCUUUCCAACUCUCCUGGCAACAUGGGGUUUGAAGCAGCACCAUUCAAGCUCACUCUCGAGUACGUCGAGCUACUUGGUGGCCCCGAGGGAGAAGCAUUCAUAAAGUUCAAGGAGCUCAUGAAGGAUGCCUUUCAAGCUCUGCGCCGGGAAGCUGAGCGUAUCGUCACAUUGGUGGAACUCAUGGGACGAGAAAGCAAGAUGCCUUGCUAUGGCGGCGGGCUCAUCAACGUUGUUGCCGCAUUGCGCGCAAGGUUUGUACUGGAGAAGAGCAAAGAAGAGGCUCGCGAUUGGGUGGAGGAUUUGGUGGCGAAGAGUGUGGGGAGCUACUACACGAGGCUUUAUGACACGUACCAGUACCGGACGCAGGGAAUCUACUGA